AUGUCACAUUUUCGUGUCAUCUCGCACGAAACUCGUGCUCAGAACACGCGAGAACGCCCCGGAGCUGUCAAAACUGGACACGAACGGGAGCUUCGGCUUGCUGUCAAGCAGUAUGUUCCGCACGACAACCCUUGCCCCAGAGAUGGGGAUGUUACCAUUAUCGGGGCGCACGCAAAUGGAUUUCCCAAGGAAUUGUAUGAGCCUCUCUGGGAUGAUAUUUAUGAAAGCCUGCGGGUUCGAAACCGACGAAUUCGAUCAAUCUGGAUUGCAGAUGUUGUUCAACAAGGGCAAAGUGGCAUUCUAAACGAAGCAAUACUCGGAGAUGACCCCUCCUGGUUUGAUCACGGCCGGGACUUGCUCUUCCUAAUCAACCAGUUCCAGGACGCAAUACUCCAGCCGAUCAUUGGAGUUGGCCACAGUAUGGGUGGCAUGCAGCUGGCCCACCUUGCUCUGAUGCACCCGUCCCUUUUCCAAGGCCUGGUUUUGCUAGAUCCGGUCAUCCAAAGGGAGAACCCCAGUCGGAAGUAUGCGUUGCCAUCUACAUAUAGGCGGGACCUGUGGCUAUCUCGUGCGGAAGCCGCGCAGAAGUUCCAGUCUAAUAGUUUCUACCAAGCAUGGAAUCCCCGGGUACUUGAGAAGUGGAUCGAAUAUGGGCUUCGUGACCUGCCCACGGCGCUGCAUCCCACUGAGGAUAAAGCGAGCAUCCAACAACCUGCCGUCACAUUGACCACACCGAAAUCGCAAGAGUUAUUUACGUUCCUACGAUCUUCUUAUGUCGAUGAAAGAUCAGGCCUGCCUCGCGGGUCACCCAAGGACGAAAUGCACCCCGAUGAUAUAGAUGGCUUCCCAUUCUAUCGACCGGAGCCACCACAGCUAUUCCGUCGCCUACCAGAAUUAAAGCCUGCUGUUAUCUAUCUAUUUGGAAGUCUCUCAGAUCUGUCUUCCCCUGAUGCUCGCCAUGAGAAGCUACGACUCACCGGUACUGGAGUCGGAGGGAGCGGUGGUGCAGCCUGUGGCCGGGUGCAGGAAGUCGUUCUCCCAUGCGGCCAUCUGGUUCCCAUGGAGCUUGUGCAAGAAAGCGCACAGGAAAGUUCUAGCUUCAUUGAUACGCAGUUAUCAUACUGGGAGUCUCGAAGGCAGGCGUUUCAGAAAGCCUGGGGCGGCGUUCCUCACGAGCAACGCACAAGCAUCGACGAGCAGUGGAGGGCUCAUAUGGGAGAGCUGCCAAAGAAGCCGAAAUUGUGAGCUUCCUUGAUAUACUGAAUACAUUGUACCGGAGUCUCGGUUGGCUCUAAAUAUAGUUAGACGAUCUUGAGAGGGAAUGUUAGGAAGUUCCUGGUUGAACCUCAGGAAGUUAGAGUCUAAGGUCUAGGUCGGC